UUGUUUAGACGGGACAUUAAAGCGUAACACAGAAUUCUGUCAACAUGGCUUCCUCCGCAAGGAGUUUAUUAAGAGUAUUAUCCAGAUGUCAGAGUCAGUUCUUUAUACCCCGCACUCCCUCAGUGUCCUGGAGCUCACUGACUGCACACAGACAGCAGCCUGUCAGAUCCUACGCUGCUGCAGCUGCUAAGCAGGUGCAGAAAGAGAAAAAAGAAGACCCUGUACAAGAAAAAGUGGUGAAAGAGAAAAGAAAGAUUGAUGAUAAAGACAGGCAUAAACCCUUUGGGCUCACUGCUUGGGCUCCAGUAGAUGAUGUAUACAUGGUCAGGUACUACCCUAAACCAGUCUAUGAGACAGCCAUGGCUAUUGAAAUGCUGAAGAACUUUCAGAAGCUGGACUUUAGUCCUGAAAACCAGGCUGUUUACAUUAACUUACGUCUGGAUAUGAAGCUGGAGAAAAAGAAAAAAGUGGACCCAUUUGUUAGCACAAUUCAUUUACCACACCCCUUCAAGACGGACAUCAACAAAAUUGUGGUUUUCACUGAGAACCCAGAUAAAGCCAGAAUAGCAAUAGAGAAUGGAGCAACAUUUGCAGGUGGAGCAGAGCUGGUUGAGAAGAUUUUAGCGGAUGAGAUCACAGCAGAUUUUUACCUGGCUGAGCCAGACAUUGUGCAAAAGCUGCUCCCUUUGAAGAACAAGCUAAGGAAGAAGUUUCCAAAGAGCAAGAGAGGAUCAGUUGGAAUGAACAUUCCCAAAAUGCUUGCGUUGUUCAAGACUGGUUAUGAAUACAUGGUUGAGGACAUUUAUGUCAACACACAAGUAGCAACACUGGACAUGCGUAAGGAGUAUAUUGUGGAAAACAUUCAGGCCAUUGUAAAGGACGUGGCAAGCCACAAACCUGCAGAAUUUGGGCCCUUUAUUGAGCGAGCAGUUGUCUGCAGUAGAACAAGUGAGGGUUUGCACAUCAAAAUUGAGGAAAUACUACAACAGGAAGACAAAAAGGCAUGAGAGUUUCACUUUUGUAUAUACAUGCAUUGUACAAAAAAAAACCAAAAAAACACUGUAAUAAAAUAUGAUAAUGUCCAACUGCA